AUGAUGAGCGGUACGUCUGUUUUCGAGGAAUUCUUAAUUGCAAAGUGUCUUGCAGACGUUUCAUUGACCUACAACAUCCUACUACUCGGCGUCUACCUGGCUACGGCCAUAUGUAAGUGCUCUUCAUUGUACUUUGACGGGAAAUUCAAAAAAUUCCGGAAGAAAUAUGUUUGAAAUAUCAGCUUUCUAACACAAAAAGUUCUAGGCCACACUGUAUCUCGGCUGCCGGUUGAGUUAUCCAAAUGUUGUCAACAGCAGGGCUGGGCAAUUGGCCGGCACGGGCUUUUCGUUGGCCGGCCCUUGCUUGACCUGGACUUUUGAACCACUUGCAAUAUUCCGAUCGGACCCAAACUUUCUUGGACAUGGGUUGAAGCAUAUUGGGACCAAGUUUCAGCCCGAUCGGAUUAUUUGGUCCCGAGAAAUGUGGAGCAUUGGCCGGAAUUGGCUGGAAGCCCGGGCUUUUUGGAAAAAAUCGGCCAAUGAUCCACAUAUCUCGGGACCUGACUAUCCGAUCGGGCUGAAACUUGGAUCCAAUGGCCUUCAAUCCAAGUCCAACAAUCCUGCAAAGUUUGGGUCUGAUCGGAAUAUUGCAAGUGGUUCAAAGGUCCAGGUCAAGGGUCGGCUAACGAAAAGCCCGUGCCGGCCAAUUGCCCAGCCCUGGUCAACAGAUAAGGUGUACAUAACGUUUUGAUAAACAAUUUGUUAGUUGACAACUUUUUGAUAUCUUUACCCACAGCUAAGAUACGUCGCUUCGAAUAGACGUUAUUAAGGCACUACAGUUAGGCCACCCAUUUUGAGAAGCGUUCAAUUCCGAAUAUCUUUUUUUCAGUUACGGCCCAAAUGUGCGGAAAGAAGAAGCCGGUGGCAAGAACUCGUCAGUACUCGGCCCCGUACUCUUCCUUCUCGACACCCACCACGACCGCUAACACCGCUGUGAACACUCGACUGGACACGGCCGUCCUUCCCAGCAACACCACCACUACCACAACCACUUCGGGAGCCGGAAAAUCGACGAAAAAGACCGAGGACAAGGAUCCGGAAUCGGUGAAGCUGUACAAUAACAAGGCGAAGAAAGGGGAAGAGAAGAAGGAGAAAGAGAAGAAGAAAGAGGAGGAAAGGGAGAAGAAGAAAGAGGAAGAGAAGAAGAAAGAGGAGGAAAAGGAAAAGGAAAAGGAAAAAGAAAAGGAAAAGAAGCAGCCGGAGGAGAAGAAAGAGGAGAAGAAGGAGGAGGAGAAGGAGAAAGAAGUGUCGCCGCCGCCGAAAAAGCAGUCGAGGACGCCGCUCGUGCCACGAGUGGUCCCGUUGACCGAGAAGGAGCAGCGGAUUGCGAAGGGAAUGACGACGGAUCGGAAGAACUAUCAGACGAUGGAUGAUGUGGACAGCGACUGGGACUCGUUCAAGAACAACUACAAUAAGAAGGUAAGGGCUUCCGGUUUCCGCAUUCCGCAUCUAACUUUUCGAUUUUCAGAAGAAAAAAACGAAGACUUUGUCGAAGGAAGAGAAGGAGAAGGAUGAGUCGGAAGAAAAAGAGCCGGAAAAUGAGAAGGAGAAGGAGGAAAAGAGUCCCGGAGCGAUGAAGACGUCGGAGAGAGCGGCGAAGAAGUAUCCGAAAUGA